GAACGUGCGAGACUAGAAAAGCUGGCGGCGGUGCGCGCGGGCAGCCAGUACAGUCAGAUCCGAGCUCUGCAACGGACGACCAACGGACGACCAACGGUCGGAGCGGUUGAGAGUAGCAACGUUAAAUAUAAAAACAGCGGAUAUUCGUCACUACGGUCCGGUUCUGUGAGGUUAUGGGCCGGGCUCCGUGCUGAGGGAGAUCGAGUUGUCCUUUUUUUUUAACACGGAAAUAAUGAUGAAGAAGGAUAUUAACUUGAGCCUGGCGGACGAGGCGGACCUCAAACCGCAUCUCCGCGACGCCGAGAGCAUCCUCAGCUCCCCGGACCUGGGCCUCCUCAAGCUGGCCUCCCCGGAGCUGGAGCGGCUCAUCAUCCAGUCCAACGGGAUGGUGACCACGACGCCCACCAGCUCCCAGUUCCUCUACCCGAAGACGGUGACGGACGAGCAGGAGUUCGCCGAGGGCUUCGUGAAGGCGCUGGAGGACCUGCACAAGCAGAACCAGCUGAGCGGAGCCGCGCAGACGAACAGCAGCCUGGACCUGGGCGCGAACAUCGCCCCGGUCUCCGUGCAGCCGGAUCUACCGGUGUACACAAACUUGAACAGUUACGGCAGCGGGCCGCUGGAAACCACCGUCAACUACUCCACAGACACUGUCCCUUUCCCGCCUCCUCCGUCGCAUCACUUGGGGGCAGCCCCGCCGCAGCCGGAGCUCUCUCGGGUCCAGCCGCUCAAGGAGGAGCCGCAGACGGUCCCGGACGUGCAGAGCUUCGGGGAGAGCCCGCCGCUGUCCCCCAUCGAGAUUGACUCACAGGAGCGCAUGAAAGCCGAGAGGAAGAGGCUCAGGAACCGGAUCGCAGCCUCCAAGUGUCGGAUGCGCAAGCUGGAGCGCAUCUCCAGGCUGGAGGACAAGGUCAAAACCCUGAAGAGCCACAACACGGACCUGGCCUCCACGGCGAGCCUGCUGAGGGAGCAGGUGGCCCAGCUGAAACAGAAAGUCCUCACUCAUGUCAGCAGCGGCUGCCAGCUGCUGCCACACGAAGUUCAGGUGCACUAGUGGAAGGAGAGGCGUGCAAGACGGGCUCACUGACCAGCAUAUAAGCUUCAUGGACUUUGAUAAUGUUUGGUUUUGUCUGCAUGUAGCGUAGCCCAGAUGUGUGUGUGUGUGUGAAAAGGCCACAUAGGACAAAUUGUACGUUAAUAAUCGGCUGUUUAAGUGGCUUUUGAGCAUCGGCGGGAAUAUAAAUAUACCUGGUAGAACAGGCUUGUAGAUCAGAGCCCAUCAGAUAAUGUGAAUUGCGUUUUUUUUUUUAGUUUU